GUACUGAGACCUACUGACUACCUAUACUUAUUUGAAUAAACAUAGAAAAGUUUAAUGGAUAAUUUUCCGAUUUGACCAAUUUCAACAUUCGCACAACUCUUUAUCGCUUAUUAGAGCAUUUAAUGAAAAAACUUACUUACUCAACUCUUAUCAAAUCUACUACUUUUGAUAAAAAUUUUAUAUUACUUAAAAUAUGAAAACAGAAAUACGAAAUUGUGAAAAAUCAUCGACUAGAAAUAUUGUGAAGCUGGUCCAAUGUCCAGGUAUCUUUUUAGUCUCAUUAUUUUUGAAUUGGUACACCUACACAUUCUUCUCGAGAGCGAUACAAUCAUUCGAAAAAUAGGUCAUAAAUUUUUAGAUGAAGGAUUUGUACCAUUGCUAUUUUCCCAUUUGCCAAAUUCUUCAGCACAGAUAUCAUACAAUAAAAUAAGACUCGGAGGAGGCACCUUACUCACAAGAGAUGAAGUUAUUGAUCAACCCAAAAUCAAAUAUUGUGGUAGAGCGGAAAAUCAUCACACUGUUGUGAUGGCUCGACCUGUCAUUCCAGAAGAUGGCGAUCCCAGUAAAUAUGAAGAAUUCGAUCAUUGGAUAGUUGGAAAUGUGCCAGGUUCAAAAAUACACAAAGGAGAUAUCAUAUUGCCAUACAAUAUACCACCAAAGAACAACGAUGAACUUUACCCUUACGUAAUUGCAGUCUUCGAGCAGCCGGGCAAACUAAAUUUUGUCAAUGAAAUAUACAACGAUACGUUGAAAACAGUACCUGGUUGUGUUCGUCUGAAACAGUUCAUCUCAAAAUACGAUCUCAUUGGGCCUACUAUCGCAAAUUACUUUUUUCUGUGCUAUUAGAAUUGGAGAAGAAAAUUCUAUAUUUUUAUUGAUAAGUACUGGUCUCUUUCCACUGCAAAACCAAGAUCCCAAUUUUGCAAUUUUAUAGUCAGAAAGUUUUUAAUAGUAUUAUUAAGGCAACUCACGCAACAUUAGGUUUUUUAAAUUACAGGUAAAAAAAAAUAUAAAUUUAUUCAACAAAAUAAAUAAAAAAAUUAAAAUACUAUCGAAAUCGA